CUACUCUGGCAGUCAAAACUGAAAGCCCCGCCGACCUGAAUGGGGUCAGAGACCAGGCUCGGUUGCAGCUACUCGGGUUGCUGCUCCCCUCCCAGCUUUGGUGCUCCAGCUGUUGCAUUUGUUUGUCUCCUUCUUCUUCCAGGCGGAGCGGCCUGCAGGGAGAGGGCGCGCGAGGCUGUCCCGGGACCUGCGAAACUGCAGCAGCAGCAGCGAGAAGAUUGCAGCAGAGCCAGAGCGCGCGAACUUCGCUCCCAGCGCGCUCGGCAGAGGGUGCCCAGCGGAUCGGAGCCAAGCUCGCUCUCCAAGCUGGCUUGCGGAAGGGAGAAAGCGCCUUGUCCAGAGUGUGGGAGAAAGGAGAGAGCUAUGCGCUCUCCAAGCCUGCCGCGGAACGUCCUCUCCCUUUACGCGGCGCUGGUGGUGUGCUUCAAUGUAGCGCGCGGCCAGCAAGCUCUGGAAUGUCAUCCAGGCGGUCAUCAGAUCCUUCAGAGUCCAUACCGAAGUGUUGAUUUUGAUUCAUCACGGCUUCAGCAAUCAGCCAUCCAGGACUUAAUAUGUGAUCAUUCACUGCCAUCAGGGUGGUACCGCUUCCUGAUUUUUGAUAAACAGGCUGAAAUGCCAACCAAGUGUGUGGAGAUGAAUCACUGUGGGACACAGGCCCCUGUUUGGUUGUCCCUGAGAGAGUCUGAGUCCUUGCCUCAGCCUGGUGAGAUCAAACACUUAACAGCCUGUGCAACCUGGCAGUUUUUCUUCAGCACCACAGAGGACUGCUGCCUUUUCCGAAUUCCUGUGAGUGUGAGGAACUGUGGAGAUUUCUUUGUGUACUUACUCCAGCCCACCCAGGGGUGCAUGGGAUAUUGUGCAGAAGUUACUUCAGGUGCUGAACUGCAGGCCUGCCAGACUGGGGGGAGAGAAACCACAUGCAGUGGUAAGUUGUUUUGUACAGAUUUUUGUCAAUAUAUUAUUUUGACCCAGGGAUUCUGUGUAUUUUCUGUCUUAACUCUGAUUUUAUUUAACAUUUAUUUGUUUUGUUUAUACAUACCACCCCUUGUCAGAAGACCACAGGACAGUUUACAACACAAAUAUUGGAAUCACAUUAUUUUGCUUGCUGCUUGUUUCCGGCUGCUUGUUUCCCCCCCGCCCCAGUAUGUAGAUAUACUUUGUUUUGCUUUACAUUUCUUAAAUGGCAUUAACCCAGCUCUCCACUUGUUUUUGUUGUUAGAGAAACUGCCUACUUCACAGUUGCCACUUCCUUCACCACCCCCUCCAAGCACACCUGAAAUAGUGGCGGUCUUACUUGAAGGAAGCAUUUUCUUAAGGUGCUCCUUUGAUGUUCCUACCGCAAACACCUCUGUGGGCUUUCUUGUGGUUUGGUCCAGACUGUCUCCUGAAAGCAUCAAAGAAGAGCUGAAGCAAGAGACAACAGUCCAGGCGUUCUCACUCUUAGAACUGGAUGGGGUAAACCUCAGGCUCGGAGACAGGAUUUACUGCAGCAGUUCCACCUUUUUCUUAGAGAAACCAGAAAUGCAGAGUUCACUCACUGAGAGCAUGGAAUUUUUUGCAGGAAUUAAGCUACAUCCUGAGGCAUUUAUAAUAUCAGAAGAUGGAAAGGAAUACAGACUGACGAUAGAAAGCAAAAUUCCCAUUCCUUGUCCUCAAGCUAGUCAGCUGGAAAAUGACUGCAAAAUCUCAUUAAAAUUAAGAACAAUAGAGGAAGGCAAAGCUCCGCAGAGCUUAAACAUGGCUCUUUCUUCUUGCUCUGUGGCGCUUCUUCAGCAUCCCUGCCGCAACGGGACGUGUGGCCACGGCAGCAUCCAUUACACCGCAGUGACAGAUUUCACCCGAAAUGGAGACAGAGUAACCAGGAUUGCGGCAGAACCUAUUGUUAGUGACAACUUCCUGUGGAACGGCUACACGGUGGAAAGUAUUCAGGUUACGGUGAAAGAUCUGCCCUCUGCCUAUUGCUACUCUUUUACUGACCCACAUAUCAUUACAUUUGAUGGCAGGAUGUAUGACAACUUUAAAACAGGAACGUUUGUGCUAUACAGAAGUACUUCCCGUGAUUUUGAAGUCCACGUGCGCCAGUGGGACUGUGGAAGCCUCUAUUACCCAGCAUCGUGUAACUGUGGUUUCGUUGCCCAAGAAGGGGCUGAUAUAAUAGCAUUUGACAUGUGCAGUGGUCAGUUACGUGAUUCACAGCCGCACUUAUCUGUGAAGAGCAGAGCUUCGGCAGACAGCGGCGUCAGGAUCACUGAAUCAUAUUCAGGAAGAAAAGUCACGAUCUCGUUUUCUUCCGGAGCUUUUAUUCGAGCUGACGUGAGUGAAUGGGGAAUGAGUCUCACUCUCAGGGCCCCCAGUUUGGAUUUUAAUCACACGCUGGGCCUCUGUGGAACAUUUGAUGGCAUGGUGGAGAACGAUUACCAUGAUGUGGAUGGAACUGAAAUCACUGGAGGAGCUGAUAUUUACAUGUCUUUUAUUAAUGAAUGGAGGAUUUCACCAGGUGAGAGCCUGUUUGACAGAACACCAGAUCUUUCAACUCCAGCCGAGGAAAUAGUUUUCUGUAACUGCAAUGCUGGUGGCGUGGGAGAAGAUCAACCAGCAAAUAAACUGAAUUCUGUUUUUGAGGCGGAAUUGUCUUUGCCCUGCAGAAGAAACAAACAAAACGCUUGGCUCCCUUCCUUGAUCCCGGGACUGGAUGUAACCGCUGAAUACAUCGGCUCGCUUGAUCCUAUCAGGGGCUUGAGGAAAUGUGCUUCCGUGCUUGAGGGGGUUUAUUCUGCUGUUCCCUCCAGAGAGGGACGCUCUCUGAAUCAAAGAGCUCUUCAGACAGCAACCCCAGAACGCUCAGCUCUCUUUCUGAACUCAAAGGCAGGAUUUACAACACACAAACAGGGUGUUUGGGGCCGGGGGGCUGACAGCUACACAGACAAGUUUGGCAGACAGCGGCGCCGCAAAAGACAUUCACGCCCAAAGCGCCAACAUGACUAUGAGUACCUUUCUGUGUUUCCAUCCCAGAGCCUAAGCCAAACAGAUCUGGAUGGAUUUAGCUAUUUCUUCCCAGAAGAUCACACGGCUGACCCAUACCAAGAGCCCGUGUCUUCAUGGCCUACGCCUUCUGGCCUCACUGAGUCAGAUGCGUUGGACCUUUGCCAGGAGACAGUUGUCAAUUCCAGCAUAGUGAGGGCUUGCAAGGCUCUCCUCGGCCAGCGGGUCAACGAUGUGGUAGACUUGUGCAUCAAGGAUCUGCAACUGAAAGACGACCUCAGCUGGGCAAAGGCAGGCUUGGCCCUCCUAGAAAACGAGUGUGAAAAGAGAGCUUUGGAAGAAGUUAAUUACUGCAUCGCAGAAGAAGACAAGAGAUUAUCUGAGGACUUGCUCUUAGCGCUGAAGUGCCCCAACCUCUGCAGCGGGAGAGGUCACUGUGUUGAAUGGGGCUGUGCUUGUUUUCAAGGCUUCAGCUCAUACGACUGCAGCACCUCAUCCGAUCAGGUUCCGGAAAUUACAGAGCUGAACAAUGGAGGGUUGUGUGAUGUCCGGCAGUAUGACUGCACAACUGUAAGAGUUUUUGGCCGUGGAUUCAUGGAGUCACCAGGCCCCAGAUGUGAAAUUAAUAAUUUGCAGUACAGUGAUAACAAGUGGGUGCUUGGGGAAUCUUUAUUCAUCCACGCCACUUUCCACAACACCAGGACUGUGGAUUGCCAACUUCCCACUGAAGGACACCAGACUGAUGGUCUGGAUCUUGUGGAUGGCCAACCCGUUGCAAGGUGGCAAAUUAAGAUUUCUAACGAUGGGUUCACUUAUAGCAACCCUAAAACAGUGACGUUAUUUGAUGGAGCUUGUCAGAUAUGCGACCCAGAAUCAAAUGGAUUUUGCACGUUAAAGGAGAAAACAUGCAACAUAGAUGGACUUUGUUAUGGCGAAGGUGACACAAAUCCUACAAGCCCUUGCUUACUCUGCAGACCGGAAAUAUCAAAGUUAACUUGGUCAGUUGCUGAAAACAACCAGCCUCCUGUAUUUAAAAAUUUGCAAGAAAGGCUGCAGACCUUUUAUGGGGAGGAUUUUGUGUAUCAGUUCUCAGCAACGGAUCCAGAAGGCUCUGCUGUCGCUUUCUUAUUGAAUUCCGGCCCACCAGGUGCCAGUCUUUCUCCCGCUGGACUCCUGAUAUGGAAGGCGCUGUCAGAGAAGCCUGAGCUGUUUACCUUUUUCGUAACGGACGACUGCAGUGCGGAAACCAAAGUUGCAAUAGAGGUCGGCGUGAAACCAUGUGACUGCUUAAAUGGAGGGUCCUGUGUGACCGAUACCAAUUUCCCUCCUGGAAGUGGGAAAUAUCUGUGCGUCUGCAUGCCAGGAUUUGAAGGUGACCUUUGUCAAGUGAAUACCAAUGACUGCACAAGAUCCAACCCCUGUGGCCUUGGCAGAUGUUUUGAUGGAAUAAAUAGCUUCCGCUGUGAAUGUACACCUGGGCUGCAGGGUAGACAUUGCCAAAAAGACCCUGAUGAAUGCAAAUCCAGACCAUGCUUCCCUGGAGUAGCUUGCUUCAAUACUAUGGAUUCCUAUUAUUGUGGUCCAUGCCCCAGUGGCCUGUACGGAGAUGGGAAAAGAUGUUAUGCUGAAAUAAAACCAACAAGCAAGGCUCCCUCUGGUCGUUUGACUCCAGAAGAUGGAUAUAACAAAACAGACCCUAGUGAAAGAAUUGGUGUGGGCAAAAAUCACAGAUACAGAAUUGCUGGUGCCCAUACUGAUGAAAAUGUCUCUGGUUUCCUGCAACUGUCAACUGCUGAAGUUACAAAUACCACAGACUUCCCUCUUAAUCCCACAGAUGUUCCCAGAAGUUUCAUUCCCACAGAAGUAGCCAACAGCAGUCGGUCCGUUUCUGCAGCCAAAACAACUGUGUCUUCACAUGUAUUCAUUUCCCAGAGCCCAGCUUUGACAAAGCCUGUUAGUAGCACAUCCCCUGGUUAUGCAUUAGGUGUCAGUACUGUAAACAUCCAUUUUGGCACCGCAAAGGAAGAGUCAGCAGCAGUAGACUCUGCAUCUGACACACCAUUUAGGAAUAAGACAGUAUUUCCUGAGAAGACGAAGGUGGUACGAAAGCAGAUCUAUUCUCCCCUAGAAGCCAGCGUAACAUUGAGCAGCAAAGCUAACGUGACACUAAUAACCAGCAAAGAAUUGGGAGGAGGAAGUGGCCACAAAUUCCAAAGGCCAUUCCGCAAACCUAAAGACAGCACUUUGCAACCCACCUUUGAAAGGUUUGCUAGGCCACUCCAAAGACCUGGCACAGAUCGAAAAUCAGGCUCUGCAUCAACUGUUUCCCUGUUACUCACUUGUGCAGAGUCACCCUGUUUCCCCGGGGUUCCUUGUGAGCCAAGUGAAAAUGGAAGCUUCAGAUGUGGUCGUUGUCCUUUCGGUUAUUACGGAGAUGGUAUCAUUUGUAGAGCAAUAUGCAGGCAUAACUGUGGUGAAAACAUGGAAUGUGUGGCACCCAAUACUUGCAGAUGUAAGCCUGGUUACUCCGGCCGUAGCUGUCAGGCUGCUCUGUGUCGACCAGAGUGCAAAAACAAUGGGAAAUGCACCAAGCCUAAUGUAUGUGAAUGCCCCCCAGGAUUCAGUGGCCCCAUCUGUGAUGAAGCACAUUGUGAGCCACCUUGCCAACAUGGAGGGACCUGUCUGACCAGAAACCUUUGCACUUGCCCAUAUGGGUUUGUGGGUCCACAUUGUGAAACAAUGGUUUGCAACAGGCACUGUGAAAAUGGCGGUGAAUGUCUCGCCCCAGAUGUCUGCCAGUGCAGGGUUGGCUGGAAUGGACCCACAUGCAGCACAGCUGUGUGUGACCCAGUGUGUCUCAACGGUGGAUCCUGUAUUAAACCAAACAUUUGCCUUUGCCCCAAUGGAUUCUUCGGUGCAUAUUGCCAGAAUGCCAUCUGCAACCCUGCCUGUAAGAAUGGCGGCCACUGCAUGAGAAACAAUGUUUGCGCCUGUCCUGGUGGCUAUGGUGGCCGACGGUGUGAAAAAAGUGUCUGUGACCCGGUCUGCAUGAACAGAGGGAGAUGCGUGGGCCCAAACGUUUGUUCCUGCCCAUCAGGCUGGAGAGGCAAAAGAUGUAACACUCCUAUAUGCCUUCAGAAGUGCAGGAACGGGGGUGAAUGUAUUGGACCAAGUACUUGCCAUUGCCCUCCAGGAUGGGAAGGAGUUCAGUGUCAAACACCCACGUGCAACCGGAAAUGCCUAUACGGAGGUACGUGCAUACUGCCGAACGUAUGUGCUUGUCGUCCUGGCUACACGGGAGUCACAUGUGCAAAAAAAAACUCAGGUAAUCAAAGUACAAAUACUUAG